AUACAAGGCUGGGUUUUUGAUUUUAUAUAUGUAUAUAAGAAAAUAUAUCAAGAUGGCGGACCAGACACAUCGUUGCCGUAGAAUAUUUAUUUAAAUAACAAUGUCAGUGUUGGAUUCAACUUUUUAAUUAUUACUGGUUAUGCAACUGAUGAACAAUUUGUCUAAUAAAUGUGGUUUAUAUGACUGUUUUUCAAUAUUAUCGAUUUUAAGCGAAAAACCUUUUUUGCUUAACAAAAGAGAUCUAGAUUAUUCAAUUUAUGUAGUUUUAUUAGCUAAUUAGUCAGUAAUAUAAAAUGUCUUCAAAAGUUAAAGUUGCUGUUCGUGUUCGGCCUCUUAAUCGAAGAGAAAUUGAUUGUGGGAUAGAUAUUGUAGUUGACAUGAAAGAUAAUCAAACCAUUUUGAAAGCACCUAAAAAUGAAAAGAGGCCACCCAAGUCAUUUACUUUUGAUCAUUGUUUUUGGUCUAUGGAUAAAGACGAUCCAAGAUUUUCAGGACAAGAAUAUGUUUUUGAAUGUCUCGGAACAGAUGUUCUAGAAAAUGCCUUCAAUGGGUAUAAUGCAUGUAUUUUUGCAUACGGACAAACAGGUUCUGGAAAGAGUUUUUCAAUGAUGGGUGCUCCUGGUCAAAAGGGACUUAUACCUAGAAUAUGUGACUCACUUUUUGAAAGAAUUAAUCGGAGUUCUGAUGAAAAUACAACAUUCAAAGUUGAAGUUUCUUACAUGGAAAUAUACAAUGAAAAAGUUCGAGAUUUGUUAUCUCCUUCAAGUGAAAAGCAUAUUUUGCGUGUGCGUGAACAUGCUCUACUUGGGCCAUAUGUUGAUGGCCUUUCAAAACUACUUGUUAAUGAUUUUGAGUCUAUAGAAAAUCUUAUGAUAGAGGGAAACAAAUCACGAACUGUUGCAGCAACAAGUAUGAAUGCUGAAAGUAGUCGAUCACAUGCAGUUUUUAAUGUCAUUAUGACAUAUGCACAGUAUGAUGAAAUUACAAAGACUACUGGGGAGAGAGUUAGCAAGAUCAGUUUGGUUGACCUAGCAGGGUCUGAAAGAGCAUCAAAAACAAAUGCAACUGGUGAUCGAUUAAAAGAAGGUGGCAAUAUAAACAAAUCUUUAAGUACUCUUGGUCUAGUUAUAUCUGCUCUAGCUGAUCAGGCUGCAGGAAAGAAUGUAAAAAAAGUUAACUUUGUCCCUUAUCGUGAUUCAGUGCUUACUUGGUUGUUGAAAGAUAAUCUAGGUGGUAAUUCUCGAACAGUUAUGAUUGCAACAUUAAGUCCGUCAGGUGAUAAUUAUGAUGAGACUAUGUCUACUUUACGAUAUGCGGAUAGGGCAAAGCGAAUCGAAAAUCAUGCUGUUGUAAAUGAAGAUCCAAAUGCAAUACUCAUUCGAGAAUUGCGUGAGGAAGUGGAACGGUUGAAAUUACAGCUAUUAUCUCGGGGUAUUCGUAGUGAAAAAGAAGUACUGCAAGAACAGCUUGAUGAAAGUAAGAAACUGAUGGAGCAGGCAUCGCUUACUUGGGAGCAAAAAGAAAAACAAACAGAAUAUAUUCAACAAGAGCGUCAUAAAAUCUUGGAAAAAAUGGGAAUUAGUAUACAGGACUCAGGCAUAGCUGUAGAGAAGGGUCGAUAUUAUCUUGUAAACUUGAAUGCUGAUCCAUCAUUAAAUGAAAUGCUUGUUUACUAUUUGCUGAGUCACACAAAAAUUGGCCGCUCUGAUGCUCCAGUAACACAGGACAUUGUUUUGAAUGGACUUGGCAUUGCUUCUGAGCAUUGCAUAAUUGAUAUUGAAGAUGAAAUAACCUACUUGCAGCCUCUUGAAGGAGCUCGUACGUGUGUUAAUGGUCAAGUUGUGAAAGAACGAACCCAAAUUCGACAUGGUGAUCGUAUUUUAUGGGGAAAUCAUCACUUUUUCAGGAUAAACUGUCCUCAUGCUCCUUCUCCUGCUGGGGAACCUGAAGUACAAAUGGAUUUCGAUUUUGCUCAAAAUGAACUUCUUUUAAAUGAAUUUGACUCUUUAGGAGAACCCAUUCAAGUAAUAAUACAGCAACUUGAACAUCAACAUGAAGUUGAGAAACAAGGAGCUCUUGAUCAGCAAAAAGAAAUGUAUGAACAAAAGUUAGAAGAAUUGAGACGAGAGAAAACGCCAGAAUCAUUAAUGACAGGCAGAGCAAGUUCUGGCUAUGUGUCUGAAGAUCGCUUUUUAAAUACUCCAACUAUUUAUGACAGCCAGUUGUUUUAUGAAGAAAGUGUUAGGAGGUUAAGAGAAGAAGUUAUAAGAGCCAAUGUGCUUGUCAGGGAAGCAAAUCAACUGAGUUUUGAGAUGAAAAAAGAUUCUGAAUUUGCUGUAACACUUCAAAUACCAACAGCGAGCCUCAGUCAAGGAGUUUCUCGUGGUCCACUUACCAGUGAAGUUGCAAUUGUGGUGAGGAGCAAAACAAGGGGUACACAAGUUUGGUCUGUUGACAAACUUAGCAACAAGAUUUUUGACAUGCGCGAUGCCUACGAAGCCGAGAUGGAAACACACCCUCUUCAAUCAAUCAGAAGUUCAAGUAUAGGUGAUGAUGAUGAUGGCUUAUUUUUUGAAGUGGAAUGUCACACAUUAAUUGGAGUUGCUACUGUUUGGCUAGAAUGCUUGUAUCAAAAUGUGCCACUAGAUUAUUCUGCUCCAAUAAUUAGUCAACAGGGGGAAGUAUGUGGUAGACUUGCAAUUGAAAUUAAAAGGAUACAAGAUGAUAUAGAUUCCACUUCAAUUGAUAGUGAUAGUUGUAGUGAUGAUGAAAAUGAAGGGCUUGCUCUCAAUAGCAGAAUUCAAGUACAGAUAACAAUUAAAGAGGCUCACGGUCUUCCAUUAACCUUGUGCAAUUAUGUAUUUUGUCAAUAUAGAUUUUUUGAUAAUCCAUUAACUGUAGUACCACCUUACAACACUGCAAGCGUUAUUACACCAACAAAAUGUAAUUCCAUGGCUUUUGAAAAUACAAAAAAAUUUUUGGUCAAUGUUGAUGAAGAAUUUUUAGACUAUGUCACUGAUGGCUCAUUAGCUGUUGAAGUAUAUGGAAAUCGCAGUAGAGGUUUUGAUCAGAAACCUGUAUCAUUAAAUUUAUCAACAGAUGAAAAUGGUAUGAAAACUCUUGUGGAAAGUAUUGAACAUUCGUCUUCAAUUGUUGUUGAAAAAAUUGAACGAACAAGGGAUUCUAUGUACAUAAAUCAAAUGUUAACUUCAAGCACUUAUGCCGCAACACUUAGGAGAUGGAGGGAGCUAACUCGUAGAAUUGAGCUUUGGUCUGAGAUACAUGAAUUAAAUGAACAAGGGUUUUACUCUCCUGUGGAGCUACUACAAAGAGAAGGACAGGAAGCUGGGGGAGUAUUCAUGUUAAGACAAGGUUAUUCAAGAAGAAUAGUUGUUCAGUGUGUUGUUCCAAAAAGUGGUGUAAGUGGUCAUCUACCUUUGGUUAUUGAGUCUAUAACACACAUAUCAGUAGGCAGUGUUGCUGUUCGUGCAAAGGAUCAAAGAGGAUUGGAUAGUUAUCAGGAGAGAGAUUUACAAACAAUUCGUGAUCGUUUUUCCAAUUCUGUGAUGAGAAGGAGAGAAUAUUUAGAUCAACAAAUCCAAGAAAUGCUAAACAUUCCUAAUAAAACAAAAGAAGAUAAAGAAAAAGAAGGUUUGUUAAUUGACCAAUGGGUAACAUUAACAGAAGAGAGAAAUGCAAUUCUUUGUCCAAGUCCUGGCAGUGGUGUUCCUGGUGCUACAAUAGAUUGGUCUCCACUACCUGGUAUGGAAACUCAUAUUCCAAUAAUAUUUUUGGAUUUAGAUGAUAAUGCUUUAAGUGGAUGUUCUGACAUUGAGUCUGAUCCUGCUGGUCAUCAGUCAUUUUUGUCAUUUGAACAAUCAGAUAGUAUUAUUGAGUUACCCAUAUUGAAGUAUGACCAAAAGAGAGUUACGGCUACUGCAUCCUGGGAUUCUUCUGUGCACGACUCAGUGUAUUUGAAUAGAGUAACUCAGAAUACGGAAAGGGUCUAUGUUAUCCUUAAAGUGACUUUGCGUCUUAGCAGCCCAGCAUUAGUAAAUGUUGUUUUAAGAAAAAGACUAUGUGUUCGCAUGUAUAAACGACCUAGUUUAAAAGAUAGUUUAAAAAAGAAAUUUUGGAAGCAAUCGAAUAUACCCAACAGAUGCGGUGUAACUUUUGAAUUAAUUUCUCACAUACCUCGACAAUCUGGAGAACAGACUGAGGAACGUGAAUGUUUAGCGCAAAAAGCAGCUGAGGCAAUUCACGCGGUAGGUAGUGAUGGAGAAGAAAUGAUUGAUGGAGAUGCCAUUCAAAAGUACAAUAAAGGUAUUUCUCAUGUUGAGAAUAUUCUUAAUAUACAUAAAUUACGACAGGAGGUUUUGGUUAAAGAAAAACUGGCUGCUGUUGGAAGGUCCAGUAAAUCACUGACGGCUAGAAACAACAUGAGAAAGUUUGCAAGCACUCCAAAUUUAUUUAAUUCGCCUAGUAUGUCUAACUUAUGGCGUUCUAAUCAGUUUGGUUCAAACAGUGACUUAAAUAGCAGUGACUUAGUCCCUCCACCUUCCAAUAUAGAAGUCAAUGUUUCUCAAUAUGAAAACACUCGGUCACCAUUACGUGCAAGCUAUGGUGGUGAAUUUAUGCGUCAAAAACGAAAUCCUCGGGCGCAUAAAAACAAUGAAUCGCGACAUAGCUUUCACAUGUUUGAUCCUACCCGAUCAGCAUCACCGCUAUCAAUUGAAAAAGAUAUUGAAAUUGAGAUCGGUAAAGAACCAGUCGAGUCAUCGCCUCUUUUAAGGCGUUUAGGGACCACACCUAGAGACAACCUGCACACAUUAAUUGAAGAUGAUGGUUCUGUUUCCCCUACCACACCUAAAGGUAGCUUUCUUAUUACAAAAAACUUUGAAAAUAGGCCUAUAACUGAAUACAGAGAUACAUCGGAAUCUUCUACGCGGUCUUCCUCUGAAUUUCAAAAUGUUAAUGAAGAACAGUUAAAUCUUGAGCAAGAACGUCUGAAAAGGAAUGAGAUGAUGCGAUUAAUGAAAGAUUUACCGUUACUUGAACAGGGGGUUGGUGAUGAGAAGCCAAAUAACAUUGAAGAAAAGUUUUCUCCUUACUUCGAAAACCCAUCUAAUGUAGUUUCUGGUACUCUCAAAGUCGGCGAUUUAGUUCGCAUUAGCGAUAAUUUAGAAGGUUUUGUUCGUUUUUACGGAAGAACGCAAUUUGCUGAUGGUGUCUGGGUUGGAUUAGCGCUUAGUGUUCCUGAUGGUAAAAACGAUGGUUCAGUUAAUGGUGUAAGUUACUUCAAAUGCGAACCUUUGCACGGAUUGUUUAUACGUGCUGAAAAGUUGACAAAGAGCAGCUAAAUAUAUAAUAUAGGCUACAUAUGACCUUUACUAUAAAGAUAAGUUGCUAUGAAUAAACCGUGUUUGAAAAGUUCAAAAUUUUAAAGAUGCAUUUGGGAAAAAUCAUCAAAAAAUUAUCAUGGUUUUCUAAUAAGAAUGAGAAAAUUUCCUGAAAUAGUUGCUAAAGUUUAAAUGCUAAAGGUUUUCUUCAUAGAGAAUUUUCCAAAAUAUUUGUAUGCAAUAGUUAUAUCUCGCUAGACAAUUAUUUUUUCAAAAAAUUUUACCUGAAAAUUAGAAUAAUUCUAAACAUUUAGAUUUUUUA